AUGUCUUUUGACCUAUCACGGAAAGAUUCUGCCCGUUCUAAUGUGAGAUUUAAAGACCAAAACCUUUUAAAGAACUCCUUUCCAAACUUUGAGCAGAUUCGCAGAAAUGGGAAGCUUUGUGACGUAACCCUAAUUGCUGAUGGUCAGCAGUUUUCGGCACACAAGAUUGUUCUCGCUGCAACUAUCCCCUACUUCGAUGCCAUGUUUCUUAGUAACAUGAGUGAGGCAUCCAAAAGGGAGAUAUACAUCCAUGACCUUGAUCCCAGCAUGUUGGAAGCUUUCAUCAUUUUUGCGUAUACUGGUGAAAUUCAAAUCACACCAGCAAACGUUCAGGCCGUGUUGAUAAGUGCGAGCUUUCUCCAGAUUGACAGCAUUCGCAAUUUCUGCUGCAAAUAUAUCGAAGAAAGGUCGGUUGUUAUCUUAUUAUCUACGUACUGUUACUGA